AUUUGUCAAUGGUGGAAAUUUUUGAACGUAGCAAAAACGGAACGAUUUAUUAUGCAUCUACAUCGGUCGAAACUCUAAAAACACCAUCUUUUGGUGUUGGAAACCGAGAGAAAUUAAACCUCGGUGGCUGGAUACUUAAGUCCAUUUCUGAUUCACCACUCUGUACAAAAAUAUUAUAUGUUAUUCAAAUGAAAGGAUGGGUACCUGUCAACAUGUUUAAAGUACAUCUUUCUAAGCGGCCUCUUGUAAUUAAUACUGUCAAGGAAUUUUUACAAAAUCAACAUAAAAACCCCGGUUUCACACCUCCUCCUCGAGGUUCCAGUCUUCAACAUUCAAAGCAAGCAAGUAACUUCAAUAAUAAUAAUGUGCCAGAAAAGAAUAAACAUAUAAGAUAUAGUUUCCUUGGAGAUAUAAAAGAAGAUGAGGAUGAUUCGUCACAAACAAUUCCAGAUUUUCCUAUUCCACCAAAAAGAGAUAUAACAUCUAAACUUUCUUCUGAAAAACCAAUAAUAAUAUCUAAACCUGAAUCUCAAGACCCUUCAAAGUUAAUCAAAAAACCAGUAACAUCACAUGAUUAUUAUAAUAAUGCAAAAAAAGCUCUUGAAUUGUUAAAGCUCUUGGUUAAUAAUUGGGAUGGUUGGGGUCUUUAUGCAGAGUCUAAAGGUGCUAAGAUUUAUCAAAAGGAUAGUGGAAAACCAAUGCCAUAUUUGCGUGGAGAUGUUACAAUUUAUGGUGGAUUUUACCCUACUGAUAUUCUUUCAUACAUUAAUAAUUUAGAUUCGCGAAAAUUGUGGGACGGUCGAUAUGAAGAUGGUUCUAUCAUAGAACGUUAUAGUUAUGAUAAUGUGUUAACAAGAGUAGCAAUGAAGGGUACUUUCCCUUUAAGUGGCCGUGACUUUAUUGCCAUUAGCAUAACUGAACGUGAUCCGGCUACUGGUACAAUUUGGGUUGCCAGCACAUCAAUAGUAGACCCAAGAGUUCCAGAGAGCAAAAAAUAUGUUAGAGCCAAUUUAAUUAUUGCUGGAUGGGUCUUACGUCCAAAUUUCGAUGGUGAAAAAAUAGUUAGCGUUGAUGUCAAAUAUAUUGUUGACAUUGACCUCAAAAUUAAUUCGGUCCCACAACCAAUUCGUAAGCUGUUGUCAAUGCAAGUACCAUUGUGUAUUGCUAAUAUUGAUGAUUCAUUACAAAGAAUAGGGUUCCCACCAUAUAUCAUAAGCGCCUCCGGAUUGAUAAAAAAUGUCGAGUUUAAUAUAAAGACAUUCCAAUAUGAUGUUACAAUAUCAAUUGAUGGGGGUACAAUUGUAGAACUUCGAAUGUCAAAAAAAAUGUACCCUAAUGGUUUUGAUAUUUCAGCUCAACCCGAAAAUGCAAAAGCUGAAUUACUUAAUGGCGGUGAAGUUAUUCGUAUUACCGUUCAAAAUGGCACGGAGACAUUACAUAUCAAGGUCAAGAAAAAUACCAAAGGAACUCAAAAUACAUUUAGCAGCAAAAAAUUAGUGACUUUCGAAGAAAUCGAUCCUA